CUUGAAACAGUUUCAGCACGAAAAUCCUUCCGAGAGGAUGUUAAAAUAUUAAAGGCGCGUUCGUUACAGCUAACGGUAUAUACAACAAAUAUUGUGUUAAUAAUGCAUUGUGAAAACAAAUAAGCAGCAUAUGCAAAAGUGUGUGCAUGAAACGCUUCAGUUAUAAUAUAUAUAAACAAAUAUUCGUUAUAAUAAAAAAAAAAAAAACAGAAAAAAACAAAACUACAGAUAUUAAGGUUUGAAGGAAAUGUAUGUGUAUUAGUGAUGUUGCAACUAUUUGCAAGCGAAAAUAUGUACCUUUAAUGUUUCUAAAUGUUUAAUUAAAUUAUUUAAUAUGUGCUCACCUUUGCCGAAUAAUAAAAAAUAUUGCUUUUGAAAAGUAAAACUAGUGAAAAGCGAAAGAAAAUAAAAUCACAAAAAUCGUUUUAGGUAAAGCUAAGUUAAAUCGAGCAAUCGAUGAAAGUGGCGGCUAUCUAGCACGUGUCCAUUCUGGCAACAGCCGUUUGGUGUACUCAACUCUUGACGAGCCGCUGGAUUAUACCACAUAUAUGUUUGUAUGUAUAUAUUAAUGCAUGUCUAUAUAACGGUAGUUGCGAAAUAAGUUGCAUCUCAAGUUAUUCGUACAUAUGCUGUGAAGUGAUUCAAAAUAUUUACUUAUAUACAUAAGUGCAAAUGUAUAUGGUGCUAACAGUGUGGUUGUGCAGCCUAUAAUGUGGCAGAUGAAUUACGAAAACAAGAGUGAUUCACAGAAAAUGAGAAUUCGAUUUGGAAAAUUACUUAACAAGUAAUCAGUUUGAAUAAAGUGGUGAGAUCCAAAAUUGCAUGUUCGGAAAGUGAUACGUUUUACUUUAGUUCGACUGACGUAUUUAAGGUGUGUGCAAAUACUUGGAAUACAAAACCAACAAGCAGGUGUACUAGGAAGCCACAAGCCACUGCAAGCGAUUUGGUGUCAAUCGAUAAUUAGGUGCAGAACAAAUAUUUCAGCUAUUAAAUCAACAAUACUUUUGCAUGAAAUUAAUGAGAUUGCCGCACACAGCACGCCUAAAAUAAAACGCUGCAAACAAAUCAUCAUUCCAAUGCCAAAUUUUGCUGUCAGUUACACGGGCAGCACAAUGUGAAAAUAUCGACCCAUAGGUGAAAGUCAACAAUGGCGCAAUGACAAGCACGGCUGUUAAAGUGAGCAGAAAAGCGAAAAGUGCUCGCGAGUAAGACUUGCUGCGCUACGUGUAUAAGACAAAGGAGAAGUGGCCGUGGCGUGAAGGGCGCCAGUGUUGGUUUUGCGCUACACAAAUUGCUGUCGAAAAUUAAAAGGCAAUCAUGCUGAUGGAUCACUUGCGUCGCUUCGGCUUGCUCUUCAGCACCCAUUUGUUGCUGCUGAUGCUGCUAGAGACCAAGACAAUAUGUGGAGAUGUGCCGCCUCACUAUUGGGAAACACCUUAUUCUCAGCCCUACUUUGACAACUCGUCGAGACGUGAAGUGACAGCGACAGUGGGCCAGGCGGCGCUGUUGCAUUGUCGCGUGCGCAAUUUAGGCGAUAGAGCGGUGUCCUGGAUACGUAAACGUGACCUGCAUAUACUCACUGUCGGCAUACUCACCUACACGAAUGACCAACGAUUCCAGUCACUGCACACUGAGGGCUCCGAUGAGUGGACACUGAGGAUAUCGUCGCCGCAGCCAAGAGAUUCUGGCACAUAUGAGUGUCAAGUGUCCACAGAGCCAAAGAUAAGUCAAGGCUUUCGACUGAAUGUAGUGGUAUCUCGUGCAAAAAUUCUUGGCAAUGCGGAACUUUUCAUCAAAAGCGGCAGUGACAUAAAUCUCACCUGUCUCGCCAUGCAAUCGCCCAUACCGCCAUCCUUUAUAUAUUGGUAUAAAGGUAAACGCGUUAUGAAUUAUUCACAACGUGGCGGCAUCAAUGUCAUAACGGAGCGUUCGACGCGUACCAGUAAAUUAUUGAUAGCCAAGGCAACGCCAGCCGAUUCUGGGAAUUAUACAUGCUCACCGAGCAGUUCAGAUUCUGCAUCUGUGGUGGUGCACGUCAUCAACGGUGAACAUCCGGCCGCCAUGCAGCACGGCAACAGCAGCGCUAAUCGCCUCUCCAGCACACUACACGGCUAUCUCCAUCGAAUAACCCGACGCGCGCUCACCACACUGGCCGCAAGCUUUACCCAAGUGACAACAACAGCUAAAUGUCCAAGUGCACAUCGUUUGGUCACCAGCCUGCAGCAACGAACGACAGUGUGGCCGAUGACGGUGUUCUGGCGCUUGCUACAACAACUGCUGCUUGCCGCGGCCACAACAAAUUGGUGCAUCGUGUCUGUGGGCUGGUUGCUCUCCAGGUGGGCCCUGCAAUGCGGUCAAUGGCAGCACCGUCAAGCACAACUGCAACAACAACAACAAUUGCAAAUGCCGAGACAUGAAGUGCGACGGCCACUAGAGACGCAUUGCUGGUGUUGGUGGCGGCAUUGGCGGCGAUGGUCCGCUAGCGCUUCGUUGCUUAGGUGAUUGCGAAAUUGAGCAAAAGCGCUCAACUAAUCGAGUAUAGACGAAUACAAUGGCAUGUAGAGGAGCAUAUUGACUGCGAUUUUACACGUUUAGUGAUUGUAGUUGUAAUUGUAUAUAUGUAGGUAUGUGUAUUGUUAUUAUAUUAUUUUUUUUUUCUACACUUUUGUUACACCAAUCGCUCAGACUCGCUACGGUUCAAACACACAGCUGCAUUUCGUAACUAUGUGUAUUAGAGCUGGUCGAUUUGCAAAAAAAAAACGGAAAAAUCGCAUAUGCGGGAAAUGUUAAACGGACCAUUCUGAACAACUUUGCCUAAGAUAGUAUGGGUCUAAAACUGGUUUCAAUCCAGCGAGUUUUAGGAAAAAGUUUUUCAAGGAUUAGAAAGCUUUUUUCGUAAAAUUUUGAGAUAACUGAAAGAAAUAUUAUUAUAAAGAGGCACUUUGAUAUUCCAUUGUUCAUUUGUCGAAGUCGACUGGACCGGAUAACUAUAUCACAUACCUUCCAUACAACCGAGUAUUCCGAUUAUUUAAACUUCGUCAUAAAAACAGCUGGCUCGAAACCGGUUUUAGACCCAUAUUCUCUUAGGCAAUGUUGUUCAGAAUGAUCCGUGGAAUAUUUCUGUCAAAGGCGAUUUUAUAUAAAAAAAUCAAACCGCUCUAAUGUGUAUAUAAGUAAAUAAUAGGGUGUCCGUUAUUUCCUUAGUUUAUUUUUUUUCGCAGAACCUCUCCCUGAAUUAUCGGUUUUGGCGAUAAAAAAUUAAAAAUAAUCCUAAAUCAAAUAACUUUGUUCAUAUACAUGGGAUUCUUUGAUCCUUUGCUUUAAACAAAGUCUUACAACUUUGAAAAGAGUAUUUUUAAACAAAAAAAUUUACGCUCUCCAAAAAUAUUAUAACUAGUUUUAUCAUAAAAAACGUUUCUUUAAAAGUAAAACACAAAUAAAGUCAUGCACCAUGAACUAAGCAUUCACAGAGUACACCAUGCCGCAUGAGCAACACAGUUGUACCAUAUAAAUCACUUGUAUGAAUGCUCAAUAUAUUUGAUGCAUAACUUUAACUUCAUACAAUUUUUGAACGAAAACGUUUUCAAAUCAAUUUUUAGAAAUCAAAAUUUAUUGGAAUUACCUGUUUUCAAAAUUGUAGGUUAACUUGCUUUAUGUAAAAUAUAACAAAAUGCCAAAUUACAUGCUUAAGAAAAGUAAAUUGGUUUACGUUGGACAACUUUUUAGCGUUAAAAUCGAAACUUCUGCGUGAUCAGCUAAAAAAAAAUAACUUUGGAAAUAACGGUCAGCCUAAUAUACUUAUGUCUGCGGUGAAUUUCGCUCACAUAGCAGCACUUCAUAUCCAACAAAAGCAUGACAUGAGCAAUUGCUGCAUUCUCAUGCAAAUACUCGUACAUAUUCAUAUAUGUAUGUGAACAGGUGCUAUUCUCUUCGAUAAAUUUUAAUAUUGAAUUGGUGUGAUUGGUUUGCAUGGAAAUGUGCAGACAGUAAUACAACUUUAUUUGUACUGCAAUUUGAUCGGUUUAAAUGCGGAUUUAAUUUUCACGAUGCCACGUUGUAGCGAGCAAAUCGCAUUUUAACCAAAUCAUGUUUUCAAUGUAAAUGAAAAUUACAAAUAUAUGUAAAAAGGCGAAUGAAGCAAUUGGUGAUGUAAAAUAAGAGAAUAACUAAGCACAAGCGCCAGCGUAUAAUUAAUGUAUUGACUGUGCUGCGUACAUUUUUAGAACAAUAAUUCGUGAAAACAACGCAUUUUCCCAUUGUAUUUGAGCAAUGGGUUCAUAAUUGUAAUUAAAUCACUUGUUGUAAAUGUAUAUGAUAAAGAUUAGCAUUUAUAUGGCUUAUCAAUGGCGAAAAAUAUUAGUUACAAUGCCACAAAUUUGUAAAGACUAUAGAGUGCUGUCAAGCACAGAAAUUUCAAACAGUAUUGCAAUCAACGAAAAUUCGAAAGUUCUUUUGGGGAAACGGUUAAAAUAUUUACACAUGCAUUAUACUGUCCAAAUUCUCUAAUAUGAACUGAGGUACAAUGAACUUUUUUUUAUAACAAAUUAUAUUCCAAAACACUGCAACUUUUUUUAAUCGAAAAAUCGAAUCAAUCGAAACGCAAAUUCGGCCAUAACCCCGUAAGGGAUGUCUACGCCGGGAAAGAAGUUUCGAAAUCCAUUCUCUUAUGCGAAUUUUUCGAAUUUUUCUAAAUAAUGAAAUUCUAUGGUCAUAACACGAUUUUUCAUGCGCUUUCAACAUCCCUUUUACAAUUUUUUUUCUACAUUUUUUUCUAACCAAUAACGGCAAAUAUGCAAUCCAGAGUAACUGUCAUUAAAAUAAAGUGUAAUAAAAAUGAAAGAAACUAAUAUAAUUCAAGGUUUUUUUAACUGACAAAGUAUACUUCAUAGUUUGUGGAAUUUGUUCGUUAGUCCAAAUAUUUCACCCUUUUUCUUUAAUCAUUUGACGCAAACGUUUGAAGAACGAUUUAUAAGCGGCAUGCAACAUACCUUGGCCCAUUUCACCGCAAAUUUUACUCUGUCCGAUUAUAGGUGAAGUUUUCUAUUCCAAAAUUGAUAAUAAAAAGCAAUGCACAUAAUGUCAUUACUAAAACAAAAACGAUGGUUUGUAAUAUGACAGGUUCGGAGAAGCAUUACAUGUUAGUGUUAAAUCAAAAAAAUUUUUCUUUGCUUCAAGUACAACAGUUCAAUGAAUGUUGCUCAUGAGUAAGACAAAGGAUAAAUUAAUGUUAAGUGAAAUUUUUCCUCAAUGGCUGAACAAAAGGAAAUAUUUUACCUAUCGUUGGUAAAUUCUAUAACUAAUCCCUUGCCACAUUCUAAUCGACUCAUCACUCAUUAUGCGUUUUCCCAACAUAUUUUUAUAUGCUGAACGGGGUAUAUUAAGUUUGCCAUGAAGUUUGCUACCCUUUAAAGCAAACAGCGAAAAUUCUUUAAAACAUAAAUAUAUAUAUAUACAUAUAUGGUCAGCAUCACGUGCUGAGUCGAUUCAGCCUUGUCCGUCGUUUUUUUAUAGUAGAAGGAAUCAUCGAAAGCCGAGGUACGGGACUUUAAGCCACUAAACCUAACCAACAUCCAUCUCAUGUCUCUUCCACGGGACCACCGGACAAAGUAUUACUUCAUAGAAGAGAAUAAGACAUCUAAGUCUCCACUAUUGUUCAGACUGACUGACGCCUAAUCUGUUGUAAAUGUCUUUAACUUGUCAUAAUUAGAGCUGCCGCUUCGCUGACAUCUUUCCAUUACACAGAGAACACGUACAAAAGUAUAGUCAAAUUUUCCACCGGAAAACUACCUCCAACUGUGGUUUUAAGCUUUUCCCUUAUACUUGAAAACCUAUGGCAAUGAUAGAGUACGUGUUCAUAGUAUUCUGUACACAUCGGAAAAUAUGGACUAAAAUCAUGACGAUAGUUUUAUAAGUUUCUUAUAAAGCACCCAUGGCCACUGAGUAUUUGGGUCAGAUGAAAAUACAUGUCUCCAUGUUGUCUAUCUAUUCAGUCUGUUUGUCCACCUUCGCAUGAAGUCCGCCACCGUUGCUGCCACUUUGGGAGGCUUUUGAUGCUAUCCUUUCCUUUUGCUGCGGUAAAUGUUUCAGAUAAGUUAUAUAUUCACGCGAAUUUUCCUGCUUGGCUGUUAAUCGGCGCAAUAUUGCCUAAUACCUCAGCAGCAUCGAUGGAUAUGGUUCGGAAAGCACCUGUCACGAGUAUUGCAGAAAGUUUAUGCACUGCGUUAAUUGGUCUAUCGUGUGAUUUUAUGUUUAGCGCCUAAAUCCAUAUUGAAGCCCCAGUAUAACUGAACUCAUUACCUUAGCUAUUAAAAAUCGUCGGCUGGAACGCACACAGCCUUUAUAUGAAAAAUAUCUCAAUGUGCCUGUGGGCAAUUUAUACUUAAAGAAUAUAAUAUAGAAGUAGCUUGCAUCGGUCCUCGUACCUAAUCUGCACAUUUACAUAUGCAUCAAUACUCCAACCAUAGCCAA